CAGUUGCUGGCCAACUGGGUCUGGUGAGUGGCGAUCCUCAGGGCGAGGCCCACAGAGUCCUGUCUCAUCUUGCCUCUCACUCAAGGAGUCCAGAGCCACCAGAAUGUCAAAUGAGCCGAGUGCCACGGGGACCUCACCUAGGACACCUCGUCCUGGGGCCCAAAAGUCAUCCGGUGCGGUAACCAAGAAGGGGGAGCGGGCUGCUAAGGAGAAGCCAGCAACUGCCCUGCCUCCAGUGGGUGAGGAGGAGCCAAAAAAUCCCGAGGAAUACCAGUGCUCGGGGAUCCUGGAGACAGACUUCGCAGAGCUCUGCGCACGGUCAGGCUACACGGACUUUCCCAAAGUCGUCACCCGGCCACGGCCCCAUCAGAACUUUGUCCCUUCUGCCUCCAUGUCAGAAAAACCCACCCAAGACGACCAGCGGCUGUCGGCAUCCUGUAGCCAGAACAGCCUGGAGAGCAAAUACGUGUUCUUUCGGCCCACCAUUCAGGUGGAGAUGGAGCCAGAGGACAGCAAGGCAGUGAAAGAGAUCUACAUCCGAGGUUGGAAAGUUGAGGAUCGGAUUCUGGGUAUCCUCUCCAAAUGUCUACCCUCCCUCAGCCAGCUGCAAGCCAUCAACUUGUGGAAGGUGGGGCUGACGGAUAAGACCCUGACCACGUUCAUCGCCCUUUUGCCUCUCUGUUCCUCCACACUCAGGAAGGUAUCUCUGGAAGGGAACCCACUGCCGGAGCAGUCCUAUUACAAGCUCAUGGGACUGGACAGCACGAUCGCUCACUUGUCUCUGAGGAACAACAACAUCGAUGACCAUGGGGCGCAGCUCCUAGGCCAGGCACUGUCCACACUGCACAACAGCAACAGGACCCUUGUUUCACUGAAUCUGGGAUUCAACCACAUUGGAGAUGAGGGCGCAGGCUACAUUGCGGAUGGCCUGAGGCUGAAUCGCUCUCUCCUCUGGUUGUCCCUGGCACACAAUCGUAUUCAAGACAAAGGAGCACUGAAGCUGGCCGAGGUCCUGCGCCCCUUUGAGCUGACCCACAGGGAGGUGGUGGAGAGGAGGCGCCUGCUGCUGGAGAAAGGAUCGCAGGAGCGGUCACGAUCGCCUUCCUCCUCCCGACAUGGGGACUCCAAAACAGAGCGUGAGAAGUCUCAGACAAUGGGGAUCAGCAGUGUUGCUUUGGCAGACAAGCCAGAAAAGAUGCAGACAGUGAAAACACCCAAGGGCCUGGGCAAGAAAAAGGAGAAGUCAGGGGAAGUUGUAAAGAAGGAGGAGAAGUCAGGCUCCGGGCAGUCACCCACACAAGGAACCCCUAAGAAAGAAGAUGCCACAAAGGCAGGCAAGGGGAAGGUCACCAUCCCCGAGCAGAAGAUGAGCAAGGGAAAAGGGCCCAAGACGGGGAGCAAAGAGAAGCGCAGCAUCCUCCUGGAGUCUGAGCACCUAGGAUACAGCCUGAAUUAUAACCAGCACUCAAAACCUCAGCUGGUUGUCGAAGCUACAGAGAUGGUCAACCCUCUCCUGGAGCCUGUGGAGCACCGAGAUGGGAAAGUUUUCAUGCCUGGGAACAAGGUCCUUUUGCACCUCAACCUCCUCCGAAACCGAAUUACAGAAGUGGGGUUGGAAGGUUUCCUUACUGCCGUGCAAUACCAGGUUCAGGUCUCCAAGCCCAAGAGUUCAUCCAAGGGUCCCUUGGGGCUGCUGUGGCUAUCCCUGGCGAAAAACUGCUUUGACCCACAGUGUCCAACAUACACCAUGAUUCAGGAACUGAUGCUGCCAAGGGACCCUGUGAAGGCCAAGGUCAGGGAGGAGGAGGCCACAGCUACCUAGGCUUCCCAUGGGAGACACCUUGGACCAUUAUCAGCCUAUUGCUGUGCUAUUCUUUGAAAAUCACUUCAGAACUGUUGGGAACAUUUGGGCUCCUGAGUCUGUUCAUAUUGCCUGGUUAGGCAUGGCAGAGUGGUGGCCUGAAUCACACGGUAUCUGUUGGGGGGAUGAACUGAGCUCCUGGCUCCACCUCCCGAGUGCCCCAGCAGCAUCCCCCAGCCCCUCUCUGCCAGCAUGCACACAGCUGAUGAUGGAACUAGGACCCAUCCCCCAGCAUCCUUGCUGCUUAUCUCCAACCCAUGUGUUUGCCUGGCUUGUGAGACAAAUGCACUCUGGAGAGGGUACUGUAGCCAUAUUUGCAUAGCAAAGGCCAAACAUUAGACAUGGCAGGUGAGCAACCUGAAAUCAUGGACAUCCAGAGUUGGGACUGCCAGGCUGCCUCUAAAUUCUGGAGAGCCCAUGCUAACCUACAGGGAAUCUCCAACCUCUUUCAUCUCUUGGCCCUCCGCACUGGCUGCUGAGUGGCUCCAGGGACAUCUUUCUCCAUUGCUCUGAGUCC